GUUGAGGAAAGGCCGGGACUUCGCCGACCGCCCCGCCCCUCGCCCGCCCCGCCCCCUCUUCCCCGCGAGCGGCGGGGGCGGGGCCGCGCGGUGGUUGCCCUGGCGACACGCCGUGUUUGUGACCCGAGGAGUCCCCGCGCGCAGGCAUGGGGAGCCAGCAGCCGUCGGUCCCGUGCAUCUCGCGGUCGCCACCCGAGCAGCCGCUUCAGGUGAAGGUGGUGGGGCUUUUCAAGAGCUCCAGCUUUCAGAUCGCGAAGAGCGCCGCUGAGAGUCUGAAGAGUAAUUAUCCAUCCAAAUUUGAAGAUCCUAUAAUAAUUCCUGUUCAAGAAUUUGCAUGGCAUCAGUAUCUACAAGAGAAAAAAAGGGAACUUAAGAAUGAAGUCUGGGAAUAUUCUUCUUAUGUGAUGUGUUUUAUUAAUGAUGAGCUCCUGGGUGAUGCACUUGAUCUACAGAAAUGGGCCCACAAAGUGUGGGAUAUAGUUGAUUUUAAGCCUCCUGCACUUUACGAAGCACUUACUGUGGAUUAUUCUGCCAAAUUCUUAAGAGACACCAAGCAUAAUUUUGUGUUCUUGGACAUUUCUAUUGAUCUUUAUCCAAUUGGGAGAUUGAUUUUUGAGCUAUAUUCUGAUACAUGUCCCAAAACAUGUAAAAAUUUUCAGAUCUUGUGCACAGGAAAAGCAGGGUUUUCCCAAAGUGGCAUCAAGCUACAUUACACAGGUUCCAUUUUCCAUCGAGUGGUACAGAAUGGCUGGAUACAAGGAGGAGAUAUAGUUGCUGGAAAAGGAGAUAAUGGAGAGUCAAUUUAUGGACCAACAUUUGAAGAUGAAAACUUCUCAGUUCCUCAUAACAAAAGGGGAGUUCUUGGAAUGGUCAACAAAGGCCGUCACAGCAAUGGGUCACAAUUCUAUAUCACACUACAGGCUACUCCGUAUCUAGAUAAAAAAUAUGUGGCUUUUGGGCAACUGAUUGAAGGAACAGAUGUUCUUCAUCAACUAGAAUCGGUUCCAACAGAGAAUGAAAGACCAAUACAAAAUUGUGUAAUUACCGACAGUGGAGAGCUUUAUUUCUGACUUUCAUAUCAGUAUUUUCUGACAGUUUUAUUAUUAUAUAUCUGAUCAGCUAUUUCUAGAUUUAAUUAAAUGGUGCUUGAUAAAAUUUAAUUUGAAA